CAUAAAAAACAAAUUAUAUUUCAUAACAGAUCAGAUUUCGUGAAAUUGAUGUUGUGAUGUUGUGACUGCAGGAUGCUAUGUUUAUAAGAGAACAAGAGGCCAAAGACUUAGCGGCGGAGCUAUGACAAAGACCUGAAGUCUCACUCAAUACAUAGUGAAAUUCACAAUUGCUAAAGAAAAUGCUAGGUUUGAAGACAACAAGAUGGCAACACAGUGCGGGACAAAGAAGGCAUCAAGAACAAGAAAAUGGAAAUGCAAAGAAGGUUAACAAAGACGCUACUACACAAUACGGAAAUAAUGGAGUAUAAUCACACAUUCACACGUAGCCGCCGUUGGCCCGGAUGACCUGGCCGUUGACCCACUCGGCGGCGUCGGUGCAGAGGAACCCGACCACCGGCGCGAUGUCGCCGGGCUCCCCGAGCCUCUCCAUCGGGUUGUUCUCCACGCUGCGCCGCACCAUCUCCUCGCUCUUGCCGGCGAAGAACAUGUCCGUGGCCGUGGGCCCCGGGGCCACGCAGUUGGCCGUGAUGCGCGUGCCCUUGAGCUCCUUGGCCAUCGUCCGCACCAGCGCCUCCACGGCCGCCUUGGACGCCGUGUACGCCCCGUACCCCGGCGGGAGGCUCCCCACCACGGACGACGUCACGGCCACGAUCCGCCCGCCGCCGCCGCCGCCGCCGCGGGGGAGGCGGUUCGCCGCCUCCCGGAGACACAGGAACGCGCCGCGCAGGUUCACUGCGAGCACGCGGUCGAAGGACUCGGUGGCGGUGCCCGCAACGGUGGGGUACGCGUCGUCGAGCACGCCGGCGUUGGCCACGAGGAUGUGCGCCCCGGCGCCGCCGAACGCGGACCGGGCGGCGUCGAAGAGCGACCGCGCGCCGGCCUCGUCGGAGACGUCCGCCCGCACGGCCACGGCGCGGGGCAGCGACGCGGCGAGCGCGUCGGCCUCGUCGGCGCGCGACGCGUAGCCCAGCACGAGGCUCGCGCCCAGGGAGGAGAGGUGCGCCGCGAUGGCGCGCCCGAUGCCCCGCGACGCGCCGGUCACGAUGGCCACGCGCCCCGCCAGCGGCUGGGCUGGGGCCUCGGUGCCGCCGGCGGCGGCGGCCACGGCGGCGAUGUCAGCGUCGGCCAUCCUAUCUGCUGGCUCUGUGGGUUGCUCGCGACUCGUGCCCGUCCAGCGAUAUCUAGCGGCGAUCGAUGUCUGGCGUUCUAUGGUGCUGCGCGGCGCGUGCUCGGCGGUUGCGUCCAGAACUCGAGUGCGCGACGUGGUGGCGCUGGGGACCGAGCGCUGGGAACCAAGUCCCUCUCGUGAACUGUGGUCCGUCGCAUCGGAUGCUGCCCUGUCCGGUGCUCCGGGCCUGUGCCUGACGCCUCUUGCACUGGUGCAUUUCCUGCCACUUGCCAUUAUUUGACAAUUAAUAUUCAACCAAGAACUAGUUAGGUUUAAAAGAUUGAUCCAGUAUGAAACAGCUAAACUGUGUAAUUAAUUAUUUUUUCAACUACAUUUAAUACUCUAUGCAUAUGUCCGAAGAUUCGAUGUGACGGGUACCGUAUGAAUUUUUUGGGAACUAAACAUGACCUCCUUUUGUUUUUUCUCAUAAGCUCUGGAAAGGACUCUGUAAAUUCUGUAA